UAAGUAUUACGGUAUUUGUGAAUGAAGUAAUAGACUUUUAUUUUUUUUUUCCCAAUUUCAUUCUAACCAAUAAAUCAGAUGUCAAAAUAUUUUAUUUUGUUUUAACCAAAACGCGACAAAAUGUUUCGAUUUGCUCGAACUGUUCUCGGGAGAUCGAAUGCGUUGCUUAGCCAGGCACUAGUUCCAGCGAGUGCAUUGCAAUCGAAUAUCGUGCGAAAUGUUCCAGGUCGAGGAUUUACAGUGCUUAGUUCGAUACCAGCAAAACCAUUCUGUGUGCCUAAUGCAUUGAAAUAUUUAGAAACAACUCCAAGUACCAUCAUCACACCGUCAUUGGAGUCGGUACCCAUUCGAACGGUCACCAAACGGUCGCUGAAAAGUGGCAAACGGAAGACAGUUAAAGCGGCUAUUAGACGAUUCAAACGGCUCGAUUGGGGCGGUUGGAUUCGAACACGAUGCGGUCGUCACAAGAAAAUGUAUAAGAAACGUGCCAAUCGAAAGCAUCGGUUGCGCCAACACGUUCUUGUCAAUAAGACACAGGCCUUGUUGCUCGACAAAAUGGUGACGAACUUCUGGAAACGGCCCAAAUACUACAUCGACGAUCUGUAUGCACCGUAUCACGAACGAACAUACUUUUAUGCCAGCCAAAAACCACAACCGUAUCCAGAAAAACCACUCACGAAACGCCGAUCCGUAUGGGAUAUGGCGAAAGGAAAUUACUACUGAGAAAGAAAAAAAAACUCGGUGCAAACAUGGUUUUUCUCUUUUUGUGUAAGAAAAUAUAGUUUAUUUGUUUAAAUGAAAAAAACCGCAUUUUUUUUUUGAUUUCAAUAACAAUGACUAAAACAUCCAAACAAAACAAAUGUUAAUAAAAU